UUUUCUCUCUCACACACAGCCACACAUACAGAAGCAGAGAAGCACACCACAUCAAAAUUCCCAAUCUUGAGGACCCUAGAUUUCUUGGAAUGGGAGCACCUUGCUGAGUAUUAGAACUGAUGGAAGGAUUGUACUUUAUCUGCAGAAGAUGAAUGCCGAUUUCGACAGCCUCGAAUCUUCCUCCGGGAGAUUUCUGCAGACGGUGCGGCCUCUCCGCGACCUAGAGUCGAACUGGACCGUCGAUUUGGCGAAGAAUUUGGAGGAAUACUUGCUCAAGAUUUGCUCCGGACAUAUCUCAAGCGAGGACGAUGCCGAUUUAUCUGUGAAUUUCGCGGAAGCUGCUUUGCUGCUUCAGGGGUCGGUGCAGGUGUAUAGUAGGAAAGUGGAGUAUUUGUAUUCAUUGGUUAUCCAUGCAUUGGAUUUCAUCUCAAAGAAAAGUCAAGAAAAUCAAGAAGAAAGUCCAUCUACUCAGCCAGAUUCAACUGGUGCAUGUAGUGCAAAAGAAGAAGGGGAUGACCCUUUUUGGGGUUUAGAUGAUAUACCUGUUGAUACAAAGAACUUGCAGGAUGAUGCAAUCUGUAGAGAUGUCCCGCCCAGUCAUUUUAUGCGCCCCCCUGCAAAUAUAGUUGUGCUAGAAGGUGAAUGCUUGGAUGCUGGUGGUGAUGCUGGGGAACUGGAGUCGUAUCUGUUAGCGACAUGUGAUCUUUACCGGGAUUUCAUUCUGCUGGACUCUUGUGAUGCCGUUGCUGUUGACAAAUUUCUUGAUUCUAAAGCUGGUAAAGAGCCAAUAAAUGCUCAUAGGGUGAGCUCCGUAACUUCUAAGGGCCGUAAGAGCUUUCUGUCUCCAUCAAGACAAACUGGGGGAACUGCUCAAAAGCAGUCUGCUAAAAAGCAAAAUGAUGCAAAUAUGUUCCAGUCACCUCGUGUUUAUCAAAGAUUUGAAUCUAAGGACUGCAAUACUGGGCAUACACCUCCUGCUUGUGGUUUUGCAGACCAAGAUGAUGGAUUUGGAAUGGGAGAUGCAUAUUCCGAACCUGGAGACUUCAAUGACUCCGAUGAUGAUGAUGAUGAUCAUGAUCCAUGGAAACCUUUAAAUCCCCAUGAACCAGGAAACUUGAAAGUUAAACCUUAUAAAAAAGUGAAAGGUAAAAUGAGGCUAAAUGUUGGUUCAAGGAAGCAUCAAUCUUUGACUGCGGAAUUCCCACUUGCGAAACAGGGUAGUCUUGUUAGCCCUGAACUAAAUGAAGUCUGGGAAGCAAAAUUACAUGCCUCCGAAAAACUUGGAAGAUCAGAUUCUGUAUCCCUAUAUGAGAAGCUGCGGCAAUCACUAGUUCUGGGGGAGAAAAGAACAAAGGACACCACCUCUUCCAAUCCUGAAAGCAAUACUGACGACAAUGGAUAUGAAGACAACGGAUAUAAGAGUGAAGAUCCAGAUAUUGGGCCAUCGUAUUUUGACAUGCCGGAUAAAACAUUCAACCAUGAAAAUGAACCUCCUUGUCAAGAAAAGGAAAAUGUGGACGCUCAUGCAAACCUUGAAGAUCUGUGUCGUUCUCACUUGGAUGCGCUUCUUGAAACCCUUGCUGAAAACGAGAAGCAGACAGAAUUAGCUGCUCGAGUUUCUUCUUGGAAACAGAGAAUUGACCACAGUCUGGAAGAGCAAGAAGCACGCCCACCAUUCGAUAUUCACAAAUAUGGUGAUAGAGUUCUUGAUAAGCUAUCCACGGAAGGAGAUGCUGGGAAGGCCUUGUCAUUUGGUGACGUAGUCAAAGGCCAAGAGAAGCAUGAUGUUGCUAGAACCUUUUCAGCUCUUCUGCAACUGGUGAACAACGGAGACAUUGAUCUGGUGAGAAGCAUCCAAGCCAGCACGUCGACUUGCCACUCGGACGAGAAUCCAUUCCAUCUCCAAUUGCUCAAGAAUAAGAGGAAAAAGGGAAUCCUUCUUCAGUCAUCUAAAAAGAGAGCCAAGUCUCCUUUAGUGAGAAGACAUGCCAAAGUCAAGACCAAGGGCAAGGAAAACUGCGUCGCAUCAUCACCUCAGGGGUAUCCCUCAAGCUGCAGAUUCUCCAUAAGCAUAAGAAAAUCCAGCAAAGCUCGAUGCACCCCUGAAGGCAAGAAGAGACGAAAAUCGCCUAUAGUUGCACCGUUAGACAUUAACUUAGAGGGAUAAUGAUUCUACCUAGUAGAAAGAUGCAGCUAUGCAUCCUCUACCAGAAAUCCAAGUGGACAACGAAUUUAUAUACUUGCAGGGAGGUGGAGGUGGAAGAGGGAUGAGGAUGUUGCAUGUCAGUUUUAGGAUAUUGACUUAACCAAGUGAAAGCUAAUGUGUAUGUAAUAAUAUUUGACUUUGUAUCAUUUUAACUGGAAGAAUAGUACAUUGCAUUAUUUCACGACUA